UCUGAAGAAGGCGGGAGAUUCUCGCCGAAACUGUUAACGAGAGACGUCAUCAGAGCUGAAAGAAGUUUCUCAGUAAAUCUUCACUCCAUGUUACAGUUCCUACAUCACUGCAGCUCGAGUGUAACACAAGUUUGUGGUUAUUUAAUUCUCUUUACAAGUCUUUCCAUUGUUCUCACACACACACACACACACACACACACACACACACACACACACACACACACACACACACACACACACACACAGCAUGUGGAGGGCAAAACAAAGAAGCCUUCAGGCUGGAAAGCGAGCCUGGCUGCUGCCACGUUGAGAUGUUGAAAGAAGGAGCUGUUAAAUGAGUAAACAGGGCAUUGAGGGGCAGGAACACCGAGCCACAUCUCUCACACACACACACAUACACACACACACAGAACUAAAGCUACAGCUCACAAACUCCAGCCUGGUAAAGCACGACAUAAAGACCGAUGUUAAAUGGCGAGAGCAGGUUCUUCACACAAUAAUCCAACAAGCUGAGACAUCAAGGUCACGGUGGAAGUGUGUUUUUGGAGUUUAAAGACACAUUUUGUGUGGAUUUAUGGAACUUUUUUCUGAGCGGGAAAAAUGGAAAUGCCCCAAAUCCGCAAAGCCGAGAUUUUCCCGCCAAAAACAAUGCCACGCUGUGAUGGAGGCACAGCAUUCGAAUGCGCUCGUCUUUGCUCUCGCGCUGUUGUGUUUGAUCAUCUUGUUCAUACUCAGUUGGCUCACUUUGCCGAUCCCGACACCGGACACGCCCACUCAGCAUUCCGAAGUGAGGAGCGUGACUCUUCUCAUCUGGUGGCUUCCAUUCGGAAACAGACUUCCUCUUCCUGACUGUAGAAGCAGCUACGGCGUGCGAGGUUGCACCGUGACGUCAGACAGACACAGCUACUCUCACGCUGAUGCUGUCAUCAUACACCACCGGGAGCUGAUGAUGAGCUGGGAGGAGCUGCCGGAGAAGCCACGCCCCCCGGGGCAGAAGUGGAUCUGGAUGAACUUUGAGUCGCCGUCGCACUCUGGGUUUCUGCACCAGUUUGACGGGAUGUUUAAUCUCACCAUGUCAUACCGUGUGGGUUCUGAUAUUUUUCUACCGUACGGUUACCUUCAGCGGCGCCAUUUCCGAGGUAACAGACAGAUCCAUGUGGAGCAUAAUCGGAGUUUGGUCGCGUGGGUGAUCAGUAACUGGAGCGAGGAGCAGGAGAGGGUGCAGUUCUACCACCGACUGCGCCGUUACCUACAUGUGGAUGUUUACGGACGUGAUUUUCUUCCGCUACUAAACGACAGUGUGGUGGAAACAGUCUCACGUUACAAAUUCUACCUCGCAUUUGAAAAUUCAUGUCACACGGACUACAUCACGGAGAAACUCUGGCGCAAUGCUCUCGUCUCUGGCGCUGUUCCAGUAGUGCUUGGGCCACCACGAGAGAACUACGAGCGCUUCCUUCCUGCUGACGCCUUCAUCCAUGUUGAGGAUUUUAAAGGGCCGCGUGCACUUGCUGCCUACCUUAAACACCUGGACCGAAACCCCGCCCUCUAUCAUCGUUACCAGGCCUGGAGGCGGGACUACAAUGUGCACGUGACCUCAUUCUGGGCGGAGCACUUCUGUACCGCGUGUCAGGCUGUGCGAGCCAGCCUCCAUGUGAACAAAAUCAUCAGACACCUUGCGUUCUGGUUUCAGUCCGGAGGGGGUGGAGUCUGAGUUCAACGUCAAAGCCUCUGGGUUUAUUUGAUAAGUUAUAAAAAACAUUUUUGUUAAUUUAUAUUUCUUAAUCGUUCUUCUCCAUGUCCUGCAGAGUCCAGCUGAGAUGAGUCCGGUGUCCGUCGCUUCCUGUUCAGUUUUGUGCUGCAGCGACUGUGGGCUAAACUGGUAGCUAGAAGCUUCCAUAACUUGUUAGCGACAUCAGCUUCUAACUCGAGUGUAAAUCUAAAGAAGUGAACGUCCUGUUUCUCAGCUGGGUCAAAAAGGGGACAUUUUAUAUCCUUUUUUUUGCCAAACUGUUUAAUGAAUUCCUGAUUGACUGGGUGAAAUGCUGUUAGAUUUCUGAGGAAGAUGUUCCAUUAGAUAACCCAUUGAGUAAAUAAAUACAGACUCCUGGACUAUAGUGUACACCUGAGCCAGAUGUUCUCAAUCAGGUCCUUGAGAAUCCCCAAACAGAACAACUCUUGCUUCUAAAACCACAUCCCUCUGUUUCUCAGGUGGUUCCUACUCUGACGGUUCCUUUCCCUUUCCAUUGAUGGAUGGGGUAGAGGGGUGCCAAUACAUUGUGCAGUGCAUCAAAUGGACCAUCGUCAGUGAUGAUACACCAACAGUGACCUGUGUGUUAGGAGGACCUGAUAAGUGUGUAAGUUUAAACCCGGAGUUUACGCCUUGUUUUGUUUAAUUUCUUCCAAAUCAGUGUCUCAUCCGACUUCAGCGUGCGACUCUGAUCAGACUGGGUUGUGUUUCCAUCUCGUUUCUUUGUACAACAACCUCUCAUUUAUCAAUGAUCUUUAUCUCAGUUUGCAAACACAAAAGAAACACUUUUCAUUUCCUGAAAGCAUCAGUUCAGUUCAAGCUGUGAUGAUAAUCAUUUUGGAAAAGAUCACACAGGUUCACGCAGGAGGCCGUAACCUGCUGCAGUGUGCGAAUGGGAUUCGAAUCAGCUUGUGCUGUUUUUCACAAUGUGCCAGUUUGUUAUUUAAUCCAGGUUCAGGGGGAUCAUCUGGCUGAAUAUGUGAUACACACAAUGGGUCUCAUGUUUCAGCCUUUUAGUAAAGUUGUGUUUUACUGAAUUAAAAAUUCCUGGCAGCCAAAGGUUCAUGAUUUUCUUCCUUCAAAUACGUCGACUUGAGAACUUCCAUCAAGCAAAACUGCGAUCGAUCCUGAACAUCAAACGGGAGGAUUAUGUCACAAAAACAGCUCAACAACGUCUUCUGGGACAAGGACCAUCUCCUCAGCUUCAGUGCUGAUCCCAUGACCAACGAUUCAUCUCAAAUAUCGGAGGGUAGAGUCAUGAAACAUCACCAGCUCGAGGAAACACCAGUGAUGAAACAUCAUGACGUUCAACAUGUACAUUAAGGGCCAAUUAUCUACAUGUUACGAAAUGCCUUCAUGGUAGAUUUAUAUUUAGCCACGCCCACAGAACUGUAAACAAAUCUAAAGCUCAGAGAGAUGAAAAUGACAAAAUGGUGACUGAACAGUUCACUAAGCGAAUCUUCCAGUGACGCAACACAGCACAUCGGCUACCACAGACACACAAACUCCUCCUGUUGUAGGGUGCCAUUACUUUUCCACUCAUCAAACAAUUAGUUGUAUUUGUCGUCAUUUACGAAUUUUGUUUGGAAAACAUUUCUUUCAGGCCAAACUGGGUUUCAUAAAAUGUUCAUUAAAUUGGUAACUGAAACACAAUCAGUGAUUUAAACUUGAUGAGGAAAAAAUCGUGUUUAUAAAAAUCACACAAACUCACCGACAGUUAAACAAUUACAGCCGAUCAGUCGAGGAAGACGUUACAGAGUCUCAUUAUACACAAAUUUACACAAACGGAGAGAUGAAAUGUCGGAUACACACAGCACAUUUCUUAUGUAAACGCUCUUGCAAAAGAGUGAUGAAUAAAUCGAUUCGUAUCCAGAGCGAUAACGGCGGUCCAGAGCCCUCGUGUGGAGUCGAUCAGCAGAGACGAGUGCAGUGUGUUAGUUAGUUACUUAGUUAGUUAGUUUGCUCGAGCUACAAUGCUAAUGUAGCUAACUAUACUAGUAAUAAAAGUU